AACUCAAUGGUCAUUCACUGGCAUGGAGCUCCCAUCCCCAGGUCAUUGCUUCCCAUUGUCACCUUCUCAAGUUGCAAGAACAAAGAAAAGAACAAGGACCAUCACGCAGUCUAACUCCGUGCUCUUCGACUUACCCUACUUCACAUCUUCUCGAUACUGAACCACUAAGCCCUGUUCUUUGUUAAGCUAUUUUCUCCCAGCCAGGCAUACAUACCUGAGUACUCGAUUGCAUCAUAGCACACCGAAAGCUGAACGCGAUAAGGCUCCUGGUAUCACUUGCAGCAAAAAGGAAGACGGGCAUCUAAUACUGCCUUCCCAGGUUCAUGAAUGCCCCAUCGUUUCCUCGAGAGUUCCGUUCUGACCACAUCUGCAGUCCCUCGAGAUUGUCAUCAACAACCCCACCAUAGCUCUUCUCCGUAUAUGCUCACCAAACGAUUCAUCACAAUGGCUGCUACUAGAGGCCUCAGCGAGAUUCCAACCCUCGCCUCCCUCUAUCGCGACCCUGAUUCUACCCUGUCCGAGGCCCAUCUCUCAUCAAGAAGCGACCCUGACUAUCCUGCAUCUGAUUCCAUCAACAAGCGCAUCGGCUUGAUUCGUGGCGAUAUCACCAAGCUUCGCCUCGAUGCCAUCGUCAACGCCGCAAACAGAUCUCUACUAGGCGGAGGGGGCGUUGAUGGAGCCAUUCACAGGGCCGCCGGUACUGACCUGGUUAAGGAGUGUAAGACCCUCGGCCCCAUUAACACUGGUGAGGCCGUCAUCACAAAGGGUUACAACCUCCCUUCCAAGCAUGUCAUUCACACUGUCGGACCUGUGUACGCUGCGGACGCGAACCCCAGCGAGAGUCUCGCCAAUUGCUACCGCGAAAGCUUGAAGCUUGCCGUCAAGAACGGCGUGACCACGAUCGGUUUCAGCGCCAUCAGCACAGGCGUUUACGGGUUUCCCAACCUUCCUGCCGCUAAGAUUGCCUGCAGGACUGUGAGAGAAUUCCUUGAGAGUGAGGAGGGAAGCAAGCUCACCCGAGUGGUAUUUGUCACGUUUGUUGCUCCCGAUGUGAACGCGUACAACGAGACGAUUCCGCGAAUGUUCCCCCCUACGAAAGACGGAUCUGCGUAGAAAGGACCAGAUGUCAACCUCGCGAAGCAUAAGAAUCAUCUUUAUGGGAUUCUUGAUGUCCAAGGGCAAGACCGAGAAAUAUGUUUUUCCAAUACCAUCCCAGACUCAACCCAAUCAACGAAUGCUUACACCUAUUAUGGUACACCUUGCGGUCCAAAUUUACUACUAAGAACGCUUGGCUUGGCUUGUGGUCUUCCAGGUAAUGAGCAUGAUAGGCUAGCCUUUGUUGGCGUUUGCAACAUGAUACAUAGCUGUAUAGGGGCUGUUUUUAAACAGCACUCUCAAUAGAACUUCUCCCGGCAUUGCACCUCCUUGCGAGAGAGAUCAAACAGCAGGCGCGAGAUGAACGUGGAAUGUUGAAACUCCUAUAAUAUUAUGUGAAUACUAAGACUUUUCGAACCGG